GGUGGUUCCCGUCAGACUACAUUCGGCGUUGACGGGGAAAGUCAGUGUAAUGUAACUUACUCACAUGUUGAACAAACCUGCAAUUCUUGAAGUCACCAGUGUAGUAACGGAAACUGGAAAUUCGAAUCUAGAACGGCACUUCGUACAGUUCCCCCAAGAGCGGUUGGAGUCGAUCAAGCUGCAGAUGCUCCAAGACGUUGACCAGCCAUAUGAUGAACAACUUAUGCGCGUUCAUACAGCCUUUGCUAGCGCAAUGGAAGAAAACUAUCGUCUUCAGAAACGUAUUUCGGAGCUGACUACAGAGUUGCACAGACAAAAAUCUGAUGCCCAGGCGUUAGUUUCGCAGAACCGAUCAGUUUAUGAAUCUGAGGUGUCAAAUUUGCGCGCUAUAAAGGAUGAUCUGGUCCGACGUUUGGGUUGUCUAUCCUCGGAGGAGAUAGAACGAUCUACAUUUUCACAGAAGGAAAAAAUGGAAAUGGACGCAAGGUGUUCCCUGCUAUCAAAAGAAGUCGAUGAACUUCGUAUGGAACUAAAAGGACAAAAGGAGAAGGCGGAAAGAGACGCUGAUAAUGCUUGUAAAAAUACUUCGGAUCUGUUGGUUGCAAAACAUGAAUUGGAAUCUGAGAGGGACAGUCUUAAAAACCAGCUCCGGGUAUUGAGAACGCAGUUCGACAUUCUUCAAUCUGAUCUGCAUGCUGAGACCCAAAGGGCAACGGAGGCGUUGCGUUCGUCUACUGAAGCAGAAAGCCGACUGAGUGAACUUACGCAAAAAGCACAGGUGGAGCUGGCCAAUCUGAGGCUUGAGGCGCGACAGCAACGGUCGGAAAUAGAGAAGCAACGCGAUGAGUUUGCAAGCAAAUGUCAAGCCCUUCAACAGGAACUGGAGCUUAUGGCCUCACGAUGCAAGCAAGUGGAAUCAAGUGCAACAAUGCGCGAGCUGGAAGCGACUGAACGAGAAGCUUCUGUUCGGGAUAAGAUGGGGGAGAAAGUCACUCGUCUGGAAGCGACGAUACAGCAUCUAAGUGAUUUGCUCUCCACCACCAAGCGAGCACUAGAAGACGCGCGAGCAAAUGGCGAAGGCACUAUGGAAACCGAAUGUUCAAGAUUCCAGAUGGAGAACGCACUUGGAAGAGAGCUGGAGAGGUUAAAGAGACGACUUUUAGAAGCUCAAGGUUGGAACCGUGAACUUGGGGAAAAGCUACGCAGAUAUAUAGUAAAGGCCAACCAACGAUGCCAAACUAUGACAAACGGGGACACCGAUGCAGAUAAGCUGAAGCAGCUUCAAACGGAAAAUCAAGAAUUAGAAGAAAAGCUGCAGACAUCCAAAAACGAAAUAAAGCGGCUCACGGAGCGUGCAAGCAGGAAAAAACGGGUGCAUUAUGAACGAGUGCAAAUAUUGAGAGAAAGCCUCAACAGUCAGCAAAGUGAACUGGAAAAACUAAAAGCGGAAAACCAAAUACUGCGAUGCAACGUGCCGCUGACCGAAUACCAAAGGGUUAAGAGGAUGUUGGCGGACUUACGAACACGUCACGAAGAAUAUGAAGAGAUAAUUUUAGGACCAGAACAUUUCUCGGGUCUAUUCCAACAUUCGCAUGGGACGCAAGUGAAGAACCUACACGAACAGAACCUGAGGAAGAGGUCACCGGAAGCCGAAAUUAUUCAGGCAACGGUAAAUCGUGGUGUGUACGACCUGGAGCGAUUCGGAGGGAAGAUUGAUGCACCAAACGAGGCGCGAAGCACGUGA